CUGACAGCGAUCACAGACACCAGAGAACCAAAACAAACCCGUGGAGUGUGCGCUUGGCUGGAAUGGCUGGAACAGUAAUCACCAGAUCAUGCAUCGUUCUCUGCUUGCUUAUACAUACGGCGCUGUGUCAGGACUGCUCUCAGCCUUGUGACUGCCCGGCUGAGAGCCCUUUAUGUCCUGUAGGCACCAGUCUAGUGCUGGACAGCUGCAGCUGCUGUAAGGUGUGUGCCCGACAGGCAGGAGAGCCCUGCUCAUUCCUGGAGCCAUGUGACCAUCAUAAGGACCUGUAUUGUGACUAUGGUGUGCUGAGUGACACUGAGACAGGCAUCUGCAUGGCUCAAGAGGGUCAGACGUGCGACCUGGGUGGUGUGAUUUACCGCAGUGGUGAGACGUUUCAGCCCAGCUGCAAACAUCACUGUGUCUGCAUGAAUGGGGAGAUCGGCUGCGUACCAACCUGUGCCAGCAACAUACGGCUGCCCUCUCCAGACUGUCCCUACCCAAGACGCAUCCAGAUCCCCGGCAAGUGCUGUGAGGAGUGGGUGUGCGACCAGAUCCCACAGAAAGACACCUUCCAGUCAGCAAUGGCUGGUAGGUCAAUCGCAUAUAGAGAACUGUCUGGUCCGGAUGUCCAGCCUGAGAGCGCAAGGGACAACUGCAUCGUACAGACCACUGACUGGAGUGAAUGCUCUGCAACCUGUGGCAUGGGGAUGUCCUCUCGUGUAACCAACGACAAUGAGCAAUGCCAGCUGGAACGGCAGACCCGCAUGUGCAUGAUCCGCCCCUGCAAUGCAGAGCUGGAAAAGGACAUCAAGAGAGGGAAGAAGUGCGUGCGGACCCCAAAGAGCCAGCGCGGGAUGCGUUUUGAACUGUCCGGAUGCCAGAGCGUCAGGCUGUAUAAGCCGAAGUUCUGCGGGGUGUGUACGGAUGGCCGCUGCUGUACGCCUCACGCCACCGUCACGGCCGAAGUGGAGUUCCGCUGUCCUGAGGGAGACUCCUUCAGGAAGAAGAUGAUGUUCAUUAAGACCUGCUCCUGUCAUCAUGACUGCCCCCGUGAGAACGAUAUCUUCCUCGCCUCAAACUCACGGAGAAUGAUCGGGGACUAUAAUAAUGACAUGUGAGGAGCUGUCUGGUAUAACACACACACACACACACUGAUGAUCAAGCACAUGUGCACAUGAGGCAGCUCCGUGUUUUACUGGACCCUGAAAUUCUCACGUCAUGUGAGCAA